AGCGGCGAUUCACACCGGGCAAGUGCGCUCAAAGCACUCGACUGCCUCCCCUGACCAUCCCUGGCAUCUCGACAUGAUCGGGAUAGCUGCCCAAUCGCUCCCCGCGUAAACGCACCAUGUUCUCCUCGGCGUUCAAGUCCAUCUCCGCCACCAACAUCACCGGAAACUACUCCAUCUCGUCUGCCCCGACUUCGACGGCUGGUCCCUGGAAGAUCUACGACUGCAAAAAGAAAUCCACCGGCAAGGCCUACAGCGUCUUCGUCUUCGACCGCAAGUCGCUCGAUGCCCAUGGCAACUCGCUAGGGCGCUCAGGCGCCACGUCGUUCAAGAAGACGGUCGAGGAGGUUGUCGAGCGGUUGAAGAAGGAAGCCUCCAGCUUGGCCAAGUUGCGCCAUCCCAGCAUCCUGGAGCUGGUCGAACCGGUAGAAGACACGAGGGGUGGAGGCCUGCAGUUUGUAACUGAGCCGGUGACGGCAUCACUUUCGAGCGUGCUGCAAGAAAAGGAUGAACAGGAGCGCGCUGGAGGUCCUGGCGGACGGUCCAGUCGGUUCGUCACUGAAGAUGCCGACGGAGUAAAGCGACGACGGGAGCUCGAGAUUGAUGAGCUCGAAAUCCAAAAGGGAUUACUGCAGAUCAGCAAGGCUCUCGAGUUCUUGCAUGAGAACGCAGGCCUUGUUCAUGGAAACAUCACCCCCGAUGCGGUCCUUAUCAAUGCCAAGUCUGACUGGAAGCUUAGCGGCCUAGCGUUUUGCAGUCCGCCAGAGAACUCCGAUAAGCCAACUUCCAUCCAAGGGAUCAGUCUUUACGAAGUGCUCAACAUGGAUACCCGUUUGCCCAAGACAGUUCAACUGCAGCUCGACUACACCUCACCCGAUUAUGUCGUGGACAACAACAUCAAUUACUCUGCUGACAUGUUUUCUCUUGGUCUCUUGUCGGUAGCCUUGUACAACUCGCCCCACCAAUCCCCCUUAGAGUGCCAUGGCAGCCUCUCUACCUACAAACGACUCUUCCAGUCCUCGUCCAGCGUUCCUUCAACCAACAACAACUUCCUCUCAUCGCGGCCGCUCCCUAAAGAACUUUCUUACCAGGUUCUGCCACGGCUCAUCACAAGACGGCCUGCUCAGAGGAUGACGGCCCGUGAGUUCCAACAGAGUGAAUACUUUGACAACAUUCUUGUUUCGACGAUCCGGUUUCUUGAUGGGUUCCCGGCCAAGACCCCAAACGAGAAGACACAGUUCAUGCGUGGUCUUCUCAAGGUGUUGCCUUCUUUCCCCAAGUCGGUCAUGGAAAAGAAGGUUUUGCCUGCAUUGCUUGACGAGCUCAAGGAUCGCGAUCUCCAGGCGCUCAUCCUUCAGAAUAUCUUCAAGAUCAUUGACUUGCUUCCCUCAGCUCGCCGCGCUUUUAGUGAAAAGGUCCGACCAGCCCUACGGGAAAUCUUCGUUCUCAACGCGAAGCAAUCACAAGAGAAGGACCCGGCUAGAGACGCGGGGUUGAUGGUCGUCCUAGAAAACCUUUCACCAAUCUCCAACAACUGUUCUGGAAAGGAGUUCAAAGAUGAUAUGCUUCCAGUAAUUCUGGCCGCCAUUGAAUGCCCGACUCACUCUAUUGUCGACGCGGCACUACGAAGCUUGCCGGUUGUGCUCCCAGUACUCGACUUUAGCACAAUCAAGAAUGAGUUGUUCCCCGUAAUUGCAACCGUCUUCAGCAAGACCAACAGUCUCGCAAUCAAGGUCCGUGGUUUACGGGCUUUUGUGAUUCUUUGCGGCGGGACAAAUGAGCCGGGGGGUCCAGACGAUGGUUUGAAUGGUCUCGCUUCAACCAACAAGAAGACGUCCUCCUCGAGUGCCCUCGACAAGUACACUAUGCAGGAGAAGAUUGUUCCUCUAGUGAAGGUGAUCAAGACCAAGGAGCCAGCGGUGAUGAUGGCAGCCUUAAAUGUCCUUCGGGUUGUGGGCCAAGCCGCUGACGCGGACUUUGUGGCCAUGGACAUCCUCCCUAUUCUCUGGAAUAUGAGCUUAGGACCUCUUCUCGACCUGAAGCAGUUCCAGUCAUUCAUGGAUCUCAUUAAGAGUCUUUCAAAGCGGGUCGAAGAUGAGCAGACGAGGAAGCUCCAGGAGCUCUCUGGAACUUCAAAUGGCGGCACAGCUGCUCCUAACGAAGACUUUAUGGCGUUUGGGGGCGUCACAGGUACCACGUUUGAUCAGGGCGGAGCGACGGAAGAUGACUUUGAAGCCCUUGUCAAGGGAAGGGCCGUGAUCAGCCCCAGAUCGAGCACCGCAGGCGGCGGCGGCGGCUGGGACGACCCUCAGGCGGCAGCGGUAUCUACCAACCGGUCAAACUCGAGCACUCCAAACACACCGGCCUUCUCAUGGUCGACGCCGCCUCCGGCAACAAACCCAACGAAGCCCCCAAGCCAGCUUUCCGUCAAGCCUCAGCCCACCUUCCGGACGGUGACGCCCGACCUGGGUCGCUUCGAAACGCUUACACCGAGCUCGACGCAGUUCAGUCAGCCUUUGCAGCCGACACAGGCGAGCUUCGCACCUCCGCCUCAGCCGCCUCAUCAGCCUCAGCCGCCAGCGACGUCUGUCAACUGGGCGUCAGCUGCUGCGCCAGCGAAUCCUUGGGGUUCGGGGCCUUCGACCCCCUCCGCCUCUGGAUUUGGAGGCAGUAUGAACUCGUCUAUGGCCAGUAUGUCACUUGGACAAGGUCCUGCGGCAACUUCCCGGACUCCGUCCUUUACACUGCCGCCGCCGCCUCCACCGGGCGGAGGCAUGGCGUCGGCCUCUUCCUCUUUCUCCAUCGCUCCGCCUCCUUCGAACCCCCAGGCAAGCGCAUGGGGAUCAAGCAGCACGAACAUGGGAAUGGGCGGGCGGGGCAUGGGCAUGACGGUCUCAUCGAGCAUGGGUAGCAUGGUGAACCAGGGAGCGAGCAACACGAACACGAGCACAAUGGGCGGCGGGCAGCAGAAGUCAGGUUUGGAUAAAUAUGAGAGUCUGAUUUAGAGGAAUGGCGUUUUGGGGAGUGCGAGGGGGGAGGCGGGAGGGCAUUGCAGCGUCUAUGGAUAUGAAUAGCGUGUGAGACGAGAGGUUGGGCUUAUUCGAGGCCUCGU